CCUAGUUACCGGGGGUCGAGCUAAGCGGGAGGCGCGUAAUCGCCGUUUGUUGGACGUCGUCGAAAUGCUGCUUCUUUGCCUUUCCUGACGGGGAACGUGGAUUGUUAGACAAAGUUUACAGUGUUUGUGUAGGAAUUUAGGUGUCUUCGUCGUAGAGUCUUCGAGAGCUCGGGGUAGAGAACGCUGCGCGGUUUUGGUCCCUCGGCAUGAUGAGCAAGCAAGGCGCCGCUCUUCAGACCUACAACAACGAGCUCGUCAAGUGCAUUGAGGAGCUGUGCUCUAAACGGGACGAGGUGAACCGGCAGGUCCAACAGGAGGAGGAGGAGAAGGCCAGACUGCAGCAUGACAUCCGCAUCCUGACUGAAAAGCUGAGCCGGGUCAACGAGAGUCUGGCCCGGCGCCUGGCCUCCCGUGCCGAACUUGACCGCACCAUCGCAGAGACUGAAGCCGCCUACAUGAAGAUCCUGGAGAGCUCUCAGGCCCUACUCAGCGUACUCAAGAAGGAGACAGGCAACCUUGCCAGGGCCACCGACCCCCGAGGGGUCCACAAGGACCACUAGGCCCCCCUUCCUUAUGUCCAUGGACCCCCCCCCCCCAGCCUGUGUUACACCUUUCUUCCUCCCACCUGAGUGAAAUGGAUUGUCCAUAUCAGAAAAUGUAUAUAUGUCUCACCUAUGUGUACUGU